AUGCAGGAGUGUUCACUGCUGAAAGAGGCCAUCUUCAGACCUCUUCUGUCUUCUGCAGCCCGGCCUUGCACCCAUAAACCGAGGUCAUUACUGUCUACAGUACUGAAAAUGCUGCUGUCCAACAGGCCUUUCACCAGAUCAGAAAUACCAACGCCACAGCAGAAAUCCGGUAGAUUCCAAGGCUUCCAGGUGUUCACUAAUUUGGCAAAGGUGACACAGCUGGUUGUAUGGAAGCGAGAUUUGAAACAGAUAAACAAUCUCCUCGUGGGCAAUUGUGCCUUCGAAGGAAAGAAGACUGCUCCAGAUAAAGAAUCGGGAGCCUUUCAGAGGAAGGCCUACUCUGAUUCCAUCGUCCCUUCUCUGUUGAAGAGCUGGGGCUACAAUGGCGCGCGGCCCCUCGGGACCCACCUGGAGGAUGUGUCCUUUAAUAAAUACCCAGCACUUACUAAGCCUGAAAACCAGGACAUUGACUGGACUCUACUAGAAGGAGAAACUCGUGAAGAAAGAACCUUUCGUAACUGGAUGAACUCUCUUGGUGUUAAUCCUCAUGUAAACCAUCUCUAUGCUGACCUGCAAGAUGCCCUGGUCAUCUUACAGCUUUAUGAACGAAUUAAAGUUCCUGUGGACUGGAGUAAAGUUAACAAGCCUCCAUACCCAAAGCUGGGAGCCAACAUGAAAAAGUUAGAAAACUGCAACUACGCAGUUGAAUUAGGGAAGCACCCAGCUAAAUUCUCCCUGGUUGGCAUUGGAGGACAAGACCUGAAUGAUGGGAACCCAACUUUAACCUUGGCUUUAGUCUGGCAGCUGAUGAGAAGAUACACCCUUAAUGUUCUGGAAGAUCUUGGAGAAGGUCAGAAAGCGAAUGAUGACAUCAUUGUAAACUGGGUGAACCGAACACUGAGUGAAGCUGGAAAGUCAGCUUCCAUUUAGAGUUUUAAGGACAAGACGAUCAGCUCCAGUUUGGCAGUUGUGGAUUUAAUUGAUGCCAUCCAGCCAGGCUGCAUUAACUAUGACCUUGUUAAGAGCGGGAAUCUUACUGAAGAUGACAAGCACAAUAAUGCCAAGUAUGCAGUGUCAAUGGCUAGAAGAAUCGGAGCCAGAGUACAUGCUCUCCCUGAAGACCUUGUGGAAGUAAAACCCAAGAUGGUCAUGACCGUGUUUGCAUGUUUGAUGGGCAGGGGGAUGAAGAGAGUGUAAAAUAACCAAUCUGAAUAGAAUCAACCUUACUCACAGGUGCACGAU